AUGUCGCUACAUGACGAGCUCAUGCAAGAGAAGCGGGUGCUCGCAGUCCUCAAGGCCCUGGGGGAGGCGGAUGAAGAGCUAUUGUGGGCAUGCAGAGCGAAGAGAUAUGGCGCCGACAGGAAGUUCUCGCGUGUCUUCGUGGGGCUCUCCCACAGAGCGAUUUACAUGUUCACGAGCGACAAUGGAAGGCAGUACCUUCAGUUCAAAGAUUCGCUCCAGCUGUCCAUGGUCAAGGCUAUCAGUAUCAGCAGGGACUCUCUCCAGCUCGCGUUGCGAUGUUCCCCCGAGUCGCACAACAAAGUCCUCCGAUUCACCAAGAAGAACCCCUCAGGGAAACAAGCAUGCGGCGUGCUGCUCGAGGAGGUCCAGCGGAUCCUUGAGGACAUGCUCGAGGAGACCGUGGAAGUGACGCAUGAGAGCAUGGCGGACCUGAGGUACUUCUGCUCCUGCAGCCUCCACGAGGAGCAAGCGAGGGAGAAGGAGAUGCGGGCUUUGGUAGAGGACGAACAGCCGAUGGCUCAGCAGCAGCAGCAGCAGCAGCAGCAGCAGCAGCGGGGAGGGAAGGCAGAGAAGAGCACCGACGACGACAGGGGAGACAAGCACGCAGCCAGGGUUCAUUUCAGCAGCAGCACAAAGCUUGACAGGGGGGCAGAGAAAGGGACGAGGUCACUGACGGACGUGUUUCAGAGCUCGCAGGCGGGGGGCGGCAGCUCGAAGGAGGGGGGGGAGGUGGUGAAGGAGAGGGUGAACGCGAUGCUGUCGGAGACGCUGUCGGACAUCGAGGAGCUUUCAAGGAGCAUCACGAUGGUUGAGAACUCUAGCAACGCGAGCUCGCAGAAGGAGAAGAACUUCAGGAGGGCUGCGACCUCCGGGUUUGACGCGCAGGACUUUGCGGCGGAGAGCAUGAUGAAGGCGUUCCGAGGAGAGCGGGACUUCGUCUCCAUCCCCGAGCUGAACAAGUACCGGCAGAACGUGGCGCACGAGAUGAGGUUUGUAGUGCACAAGAACUUUGACCAGUUCAUCCAUGCCUCUUCUGCCGUCUCUGCCAUGCAGCAGGACCUGACGGUCUUGCGGCUGCUAGCAUCAGAGUCGCUCUCCUGCCUCUCCCAGAUCAACGAGCUUCCUCGAGGCUCGGAGGUCAGCCCUCCUCUUCACUCCAGCAGCUCCGAGGGGCAGCAGCGGCAGGGUCGAGCUGGAGCCGUGGAUCUCAGAGAGGAGGAGCUGGGGAAGGAGGUGGCGGAGGCGCUGGAGAACGUCGACAUGUUCAUCAUAGAGAGGAAGUUUGACAAAGCCGUUGAGUGGCUCCAGAGCUGCGUGAAGAAGGAGCGGGAGGGACGGGAGGAGGAAGAGGGGAGUGCGAGCACGAGGGAGGGAUGGCGGCUGAAGCGAUGCCUUGAGCAGAGGAUGAAGAGGAUUGUGGACGGGAUAUGGAAGCAGGUCGAGACUCCCGGGUUCCAGAUGAUGGAGAUCGAACGAGCAGUAGGGCUGCUGAUGAAGCUGGAGCAGCGGGAGAACGCGCAGGAUCUCUUUCUGUCCUGGAAGACCGGAGUUAUUGUAGAGGCCAUCGAGGCCAUCGGAACCAACCGGACGGACGUGCGUCUCUACGUCGCACAACUGUGCAACGCCGUCUUCUCCUGUAUGGUCCAGACGUGCUCUGAGUUCCAGAAGAUCCUCUCCUCCUCCUCCUCCUCACCAUCAUCAUCUACUCCGGUCUCCCCUGAUCCCUCCCCCACUCCACCCUCCCCCUCUCCGUCCUCCGCGCUCCCUCCCUCCUCCCUCUUCAGUUGGUGCAACGACACCUUCGUUCUGUUCUGCAUCGCGUUCGUCAAGGAAGUUUUCAUCCUCACUGACAUUGCUGAGAUCGGCGAGUGCGUCGACCUGGUCAAGCAGUACUGCCACGAGCUCCAGAAGAGCGGCAUCACCAUGGAGAACCAGUUCUCCCGCUCCAUCUCCUCCUCCAUGUGGCGGGUGGUCGACUCUAACUUGCAGGAGAUAGUCUCCAACGUCAAGGAGCAGAUCUCAGUGGAAAGCUGGGCUCGCUUCUCCUACUCCCUCGACGACCUGCGCUCCUCGAGCCGCAAGGUCGGGGGAGGAGGGAAGAUAGUGGAGGAGGACGGAGGGGACGGGGGAGCCCUGCGUCUGACAGGAAGCGUAUUUUCCCUAACGAAGCAAGUUGUUAAGCUGAUCUUGACCAUGAAAAAGUCCCUCGGCACCUCCUUCUCCGGCUCCUUGCGGAAGGACUUCGAGCAGAGGGUCUGCUCCAUCGCCAGCUGGUAUGCUACGACGAUCGCAAGCAAGGCCAGGGGCGUCGAGGACGAUAGGGAGAAACUUCUGAAUAUCAUCGGCAACGUCUUCUACCUCUCCACCAGCCUCCUUCCCUUCCUCCUGCUGCACAUCUCCAACAGGAGCAACGGCAGCGCCGCCAAGGCUGCAGAUCUGCACGGGAAGCUGCGAAACUUUCAGAGGGUAGAGUGUUGCCUUGAGAUUCGUCAGAUCUACGAGAACAUGUGCAAGACCUUCGUGGAGAAGCAGAUGAAAGUCCUCAAAGAGCGGGACCUUGUCGCUCUCAACCCUUCCCAACUGACUGAUGUGAUCUGCACCUACCCGAGACGAGCUCUAUUGGGGAGAACCUAG